AAUUAUUUUUCACCAGAAUAAUAGAAAUUUACUUUUCUUCAUUUAGAGACCUCCCCAAAUCUGCUCCUAAACAUCACCGAUACGAUGAUGAACAAAAAGUAAACAGUGAAUCUCUUCAACUCCAUAAGGAUCUUCACCAGCAAAAACUUCGAAAAGAAAACUCAGAGAUUCCAAGUUUCCACAGUGAUUGGCUUAUGGCCGUAGUUAGCAAUGGUGGUACUUUGCCUCCACUGAUAGCUGCCCAACUCAAUUACCUCCUCACUCACUCUCCAUUCUCUGUCAAAGUUGAUCGAAUAUGGUCUGGUUGUAGAAAGGGAAACCCACAGUUAGCUGAUCGGUUUACUCUUCUCAUACCACUCUGCCUAGAUUACAUCAAAUGGGAUGUUAUAUACAAUGCACAGUACCCAUUAGCUGCACCUGAUAUUAUAUUUGCUGCUGAAGAUGAAAGUUUUCAUCCAUUUUUUGUUGCUGGUGAUGCGGAAACACCUAAAAGUAGCUUGUGUGAUUGGAAUAUCAAGGAUCCUUCAAAGCUCUUGGCACUAAUUCAUGAACUAAGGGAUAUUUACAUACUGUAUCAGAGGAAAAGAAUUGCAGAACUUGACGAUGACAGAUUGAAGUUCGAAAUUAGCACCAUUCAUUCUAGGGAGGGCAUUGAAGUUUGUAUGAUUUCGGGACCUGACAAGCCAGAAGAAGUUAGAUUUGCUGUACCUUUGCUGGACAUAGAUUUAAAUAAACUGGUGCAUGGGUGUCCGUGGAAGCAUCAGCAAAUCAUCUACUUACAGGUUGUAUUUCCUAUUAGGAGAAAAUAUGGUCCGGCGCCUUCUGCUCCUAGAAUGAAACUUGUCUCUUCCUCAGAGCUGAAAGCACUAUUCUCUGUUGAAGAUGUGAAGCUUCUUCCAUGGUCAGAAGGAAUGUGCAUGGCUGAAUAUCUGCCUACUUUAGAAGAAAAUCUCAAGCUUCAGAUUGUGGAUGCUGUUGCAUCAGUUGGUGCUAGAAGACGCUUUAUAGAGGCUUUAGCUCCAAUAUGUGGAAGGCCUAUAGAAGCAGAUCCAGUCUUUUGCAGAAAGGCCACACUUCUUGCUGCAACUGGGGUGUUUACAUUUCUGGUGCAUAUCUCCAUUCCGAUUCAGUUUCCUAAGCAACAACCAACUCUGAUGCUGCAAAGUUCACAGCACUUCAACGCCCAAGGAACACCAGUAGCGUCACCUCCUUUGGUUGAUUGUCCAUGGAGCCCAAGAUGGGAUGCAUCACAAAUGGCUGAGCGAAUCUUUGAGUUUCUGGCGGAAGAAGGCUUGACUUUCAAGAAGUACUGCAACGACAUCCUAGUUCAACAUCAUUAGUUGUUGCAGUGUUGAGGUAAUCAUUGUUUCAUAUCAACCGUAAGCUAUUGUAUUUUAUUUUUUUUAAACUCAUUGUUCCUCUAUUUGGCUUGGGACAUAUGCGUCCUUCCAUCCUGUAAUAUUGUAGUUCAUCUUGUGCACUUCAGUACCCUAAAAAUAUUGUUCUCACAGCUAAGCUUUGUUUUCAAUGUUUUCCAAAUGGAAAGCAAAAGAGAUAAGCUAAGUAGAGAAACAUUCAACGUUGAAACCUUCAGCAGUUAAUAUCAAAGGACUGCAGUUGAAAAAUGCUGAACGGGUUGUAGAAAUUUUGUACGAGUAGUUGGGUUAGGAUGCUGACAUGUAAGAUUAGCCUUAGUCUAGAGCGACAAACUUAAACCUGUUUUGUCAAAAUAUUAUAUGCCGAAAUGGCAACACAGGAUCUGUGCUUUGUUGCUUUUGUCUGAAUAUUUGUGCUGAUUGAUUCCUAAUCAUGUCAAAAUCAGCAUCUACUCUUUCUUCUAUUAAAUUCAACUGCAUCAAACUUUACACUA